AUGCCGGUGGGGGUGGACCUGGGCCCGGGAGCCAUCGGCCCGCUCCUGCAGCACCAGAUGGCCACCUCCACCUCCACCACCAUACGGGCGGCAGCGGCAGCUGGAGGCGGAGGACGAGGGGCCACCACCGUCGUAACGGCUACUGAAUUGGGGAUGGAGGUGGGGGAUCGGCGGGAGAUGGAGGUGCAGCCGAUGUGUGACUGGAGGAGCUUCUGGUCGUACGGCCUGAUCCUGGUGCUGCUGCUGUGUGCUGUCAUCUACGUGACGGUCAUAUCCAAAAAGAGACAGCCGGAGGCGUGGCUGAUGACGCUGUGGCGGGUGCUACUGGUGGUGCUGCCCAUCUACCUGGUGCUCCGUAUCGCGUUCGACCUCUACCGCCACCGUCUGGCCCAGCAGCUGGCCGCCGCCAACCUGCACGCCGUGGCACUGGCCAAUGCGGCAGCGGAUGCAGCUGCGGCAGCAGCAGCAGCAGCUGCGGGUCGCAGCGCCGCUGUGGGCUCCGCCUCCUUCCCCCACCAACACCAACACCAACACCGCGGGGAGGUCAUCAUCACCAGAGCAGGCAAUCGCUUGCUGGUGCUGCAACGGCCGGUGGCCUGA